CGGGGAGCGGGGAGGGCGGGGCCGGGAGCGGUCACGUGAUGUUUGGGUGCCGGCGGCGGGCGCGCGGCGGCAGAGACAAUACCACUGAGACAAGCCUUUGGUCCGUUGUGCUGUAGCUGGCUUGUGCGAAACCGGUGGCUCCACAUCACGAGGGAAUAAAAGCGUGGGCACCUUGCACUGAUGAUGGAAACAGAGAUUCCCCCGGAUGGGAUCCUUCCUUUUCUUCAUCUCGGACGUCCCGGGCUGUGUUAAGCGGUGCUGAAGUUGGAGGUGGGGACGUGGAGCCCAGAAGUGGUGACCAGAAGCGUGUGUCCACAGAAGAGCAGCUUGUUUUCUCUCCAAGCAUUCACCUCUAUCCAAACACCUCAUCUACCAGCUCAGCUUUACUUAACCGGCGAAGAAUUAAAGCACCUAAUGGCUGGAAGCGUUGACUACGUGAACUAAGCCUUUUAUAAAUCAGUAUUCAGCAGUCUCCAGCGCAGUGUGUAAAGGUUGUAACGGGCCCUUAAAUCUCACCAUUUGGGAUAGAAAUGUAUCUUCUGUGUUUACUCGUUUGCUGCGUUUAAGGGAGUCAUUUUUAUUUGACCAGCUUUGUGCGGCUCCCUGUAUAUAGAUCUUAUUUAUCCUAAAAACCUCGUCCCCUGCCAGGUAAAGUAAAUGCUAGAAAAGUGAAAGACUUCGUUCUAGGUGAGGUGGAAGAUCUCUGCCAUGAGGUGUGAUGCAUGACGAUGACCACCGCCACAGCAAUUUCAGCCAGCAACAAGAAGAAGCCGAUGCAGGAGGGGAACGCCUGCUGUCACCGCGUGUAAUUGGCCUGGAUGAAACUGGGAAGCUACAACUUACGAAGAGCUCCUUCUUCUCCUACCCACCCCAAGCCAUCUGUGUACUGAGGGGAUGGUUCAGUAGCAAACAUCGAUCUGACCUACUGAAAAAGCAGUUUAAAGUACAAUCCUGCAUCCAUUGCUAUCUAGAAAAUGUCUUAUGGAUCCAUUGACGGGAGUGGAUUUGGGAGCAGGAACCCAUUUGGAGGCCCUUCAAGACAAGGCUAUCAACCUCUCGCCACCCAGAUUGAUCCCAGCGAACUGCAGGAACUAUUUCAGGAGACUUCAGCCAACGUCUUCCGAAUUAACUCCAAUGUGACCUCUCUGGAAAGAAGCCUUCGAUCUCUGGGGACCUCAAACGAUACUCAAGAGCUGCAGGAUGGACUGCACGCAACCCAGCAAGAGACUAAUAAAACCAUCACGACUAGCACCAAAGCCAUCAAGCAGCUGUCUGAGGUUGUCAGAGGCUCAUCCAGGCAGGAACGACUUCAGCUGGACAGGCUGAAGAACCAGCUGUCUGAUGCCAUCCAGAGAUAUGGAGCUGUGCAGAAGAAAAUAGCAGAGAAAUCCAAAGCUUUGCUUCCUACUGGGCAGAGGAGUAGCAAACAGCAGAGCCCUAGGACUCCCUUCUCUGACCUCGCUGAUGAUGAGAAGAUCUUUAACGGAGGAGAUGGCAUGUGGCAAAACCAGAGUCAGGAUCAAGCCUUGCUCUCAGAAAUCACAGAAGAGGAUCUGGAGGCCAUCCGUCAGCGGGAGGAGGCCAUUCAGCAGAUUGAGAGUGACAUGUUGGAUGUGAACCAGAUCAUUAAAGACCUGGCCUCCAUGGUGCAUGAGCAAGGAGACACAAUAGAUAGUAUUGAAGCCAACAUUGAGACGGCAUCUUCUAAUGUAGAAUCAGCCAAUGAGCAGUUGGCAAAAGCCAGUCAGCACCAACUACGUGCCAGGAAGAUGAAGUGCUGUCUUCUCUCUGCUGCUUUGGCCGUUCUGCUCUUCAUUGUCAUAAUCAUCGCGGUCUCAGUCAAACGCUGAUCUGGUGACUGUUUCCACAGAGCCUGUGAGCACCCCAUGAAGUGGAAUGGAUUCUCAAGGCAUUUCACAUUCAGGCCCUAUAUCAAUGUCUGCUUUACUGAUCACAGUGUAUUAAAACUGCUAUAACCAACAAAUACUGUAAUUGUAUGAAAGAAAAGCUGAGUUUUAUACCAUGUGUUAAUAUAAUUGCAGAUAACUUUUUUUUCCCCUUCAUUGAAGAUAUGUUUUAACUAGCGUUAUGAAUUUUAAUUGUGUCCCCUGUGUAUCUGGGGAAUGUUAUUUCUUUGCCUCCAUAUCUGGUAUCCUGUGUGCUGUGAGAUAUGUAGCUGUGAAUUCAUCUGUAUUGUUUGCGUUUUUAACAGUUCUGCUCAUUUAAAACCAUGAAAGUCAAUGUCUUUUGUUUGAUUCUUUUGUGUGUGUGUGGUUGUUUUUCUACAUUUUAAAAUAUAAUCCAGCUCAGAUUCUCAUUCUGUACACUGCUGCUUUAUAAUUUGCUCUGCAGAUCUGAGCUAAAUAUUUUCACAAUUACAUGUGUCAUUUACAAACCAAUCAAUGAGAUACUUAGUUGAUACCAUUGUAUGCAUAGAACAACACAUUUGUUAUGAGAAACACUAGUGCAAGAGCAGAACAAAUAAACAUUAAGACAUAUCCCCCUUUUUUUUAAAAAAAUUAAAAAAUAAAAUCUAUAAUCUGUUAAAAAAAUCAAGCAAAGCAUCUCAUGAAAAAUGUCAGAUUUUGUAUUUGAUUUAAUUUCAUAGGUUUCAAUGAAUCCAGCAUUUGGGAUUUUGUUCUAUUUUCGCGCACAAUAAUUUCUGCUGAAACAUGAUUGAAUAUGCAAUUUAAAUUCAUCUUUAAAUGUGUUAUGUACUGUAAAUGCAGUUUUCCUCCAGCAAAUAAAGCAUUUCAGAAAUGGUUUUAAUUAAAAUGUCGUAGGAAGUAUUGAAGAGAAUUUCACAAAAUGGUUUUUUUUUUUUUAUUCUUCGUGAAAA